UUCCCAAGCCUCGCUCGUUCGACAUGCAGCAAUCGCACGACCUCGGCAUGACCCGAGACGACGAACACGGCAUCAUGGUUAACGCUCUCCAGCACGUGAUAUCCGGGAGCAGCUCCACGCGGCCCGAGCCGAUCCCGGCCUUCCAGUCGUCCACGCCGCCGCCCCUCUCCGCCGACGGGACCGCCGCGGAGCAGCGGGCCCCGGGCCUCCUCUCGCUUCCCGACGUGGCCACUUGCCAGGUGUGCAGGAUCGACGGGUGCCUCGGGUGCAACUUCUUCGCGCCGGGCAGAGUCGCCAUGGCGGUGCAGGGCGGCGGGGACCCCGCCAAGGCUGCCCAGGCGCUCGGUGUGGGCCAGAGCAACAAGAGCGCCGGCAGGAAGAGGAAGGGCUUCUACCGGGGAGUGCGGCAGAGGCCGUGGGGGAAGUGGGCGGCGGAGAUCCGGGACCCGCGGAGGGCGGCGCGGGUGUGGCUCGGGACGUUCGAGACGGCGGAGCAGGCGGCCCGGGCCUACGACAGGGCGGCGCUCGAGUUCCGCGGUGCGCGGGCCAAGCUGAACUUCCCACUGCUGCCGAAUGACUGCACGAGCACCGGUGCCGGCAAGAGCAGGGACAUGAUGGAGGACGGCGAGGCUGAAGAAACGAUCAAAGCGAGGGCGGAAGGGGGAGAGAGUAACGAUGUCCGUGAAAAAGCUCCGUCUUUCGAGCGUGAUGACGAGAGAGGAGCGAGCGAGUUCUGGGAGAAGCUUGAGAAGGAGGAGCUGGAGCAGUGGCCGGUCAUGCACUUGCCUCCAUGAACGAAGAGAGAGAGAGAGAGAGAGAGAGAGCUGCAUGCUUUGCACCGAUCACGCGGACAGACGUCACUCGAAUCGUAGAUUGUCGUGGCGCCGUGUGGGGUCCACGUGAUUGAGAAUUCGUAUGGACUCGGAUGUGCAUGAUCCAUGCAAUGUAGGACAAAUCAGAGUUUGCGUAAGAAAUUUAAUCUGUACUUUGGUUAUUCUUUUCUGUAAGUUUCGAGGGGUAGAGUUUUCGGUUGACUUGAGCACUUUGUAGC